UCAUGCCCUCCCCGCUCUCAUCUUCGAAGCUGUCCCUCCCCAUCAAGAGUUAACAGGAGGCCAGACGCAGGCCAGGCCUGGAGUCUGCCAGGUUCUCCGCCCACCCUCUCCGCAGGCAAGCAGAAGCUCACAGGGUCUGAUCUGUGCCGAGGAGGCUGAGCUGCGCCAUGUUUCUGGGUGUGUCAGGCCGGAUACAGCAGGAGCGACUGAAGCAGCAGGGGAUGGGCACCAACGAGCAGGCGGUGCACUUCCUGCACCAGGACUACCAGCAGCUGAAGGAGCAGUGCCAGGAGGAGGGGGCUCUCUUCCAGGAUAGCCAGUUCCCUGCCGCCCCCACCUCCAUUGGUUACAAGGAACUGGGCCCACACUCCUCCAAGACCCGGAAUAUUGAAUGGAAGAGGCCAACGGAGCUGGUGGCAAACCCAGAGUUCAUUGUGGGAGGAGCGUCACGGACUGAUGUGUGUCAGGGAGCCCUGGGGGACUGCUGGCUGCUCGCUGCCAUCGCCUCACUGACUCUGAAUGAAAACUUACUGCACCGUGUGGUCCCUCAUGGGCAGAGCUUCCAGGAGGACUACGCUGGAAUCUUCCACUUCCAGUUCUGGCAGUUCGGAGAGUGGGUGGACGUGGUGAUCGAUGACCGACUACCAACAAGGGAUGGAGAGCUGCUCUUCGUGCACUCAGCCGAGCAGAAUGAAUUCUGGAGUGCCCUGCUGGAGAAAGCCUAUGCCAAGUUGAAUGGAUCAUACGAGGCCCUGUCUGGGGGCAGCACCACCGAGGGGUUUGAGGAUUUCACAGGGGGCGUGGCGGAGAUGUAUGAGUUGCGCAAAGCCCCGCGCAACCUCUACACCAUCAUCAGGAAGGCCUUGGAGAGGGGCUCGCUGCUCGGCUGCUCCAUUGAUAUUACCAGUGCCUUUGACAUGGAGGCUGUGACUUUUAAGAAGUUGGUCAAAGGCCAUGCCUACUCAGUGACAGGGGUCAAAGAGGUCAGCUAUCGGGGACGAAAUGAGAGGCUGAUCCGGAUCAGGAAUCCCUGGGGUCAGGUGGAGUGGACUGGAGCGUGGAGUGACAGUUCCUCGGAAUGGGAUUCCAUCGACCCCGAGGAGCGGGACGGGAUGGUGCAAAUGGAGGAUGGGGAGUUCUGGAUGUCAUUCUCGGAGUUCCUGCGCCAGUUCUCCCGCCUGGAGAUAUGUAACUUGAGCCCAGAUGCCCUGCAGGAUGACCAGCAGAAGAAAUGGGAGACAACCACGUUCAGCGGCUCAUGGCGGCGAGGAAGCACAGCAGGGGGCUGUCGUAACCAUCCAGCCACGUUCUGGAUCAACCCCCAGUUUAAAAUCACCCUGAGGGAGGAGGAUGAUGAUCCUGAUGAUGACGAAGUCGCCUGCACCUUCCUCUGCGCCCUAAUGCAGAAGGACCGUCGCCGUUUCCGCCGCCAAGGACAGGACAUGCACACCAUUGGCUACGCCGUGUAUGAGGUCCCCGAGGAGUACCGGGGCAUGCACCAAGUCCACCUGCGCAAGGACUUCUUCCUAACUCACAGCUCGUGUGCCCGUUCCGAGACCUUCAUCAACCUACGGGAGGUAAGCAGUCGGCAGCGCCUGCCACCCGGCGAGUACAUCAUCGUCCCUUCCACCUUCGAGCCCAGCAAGGAGGCAGACUUCGUGCUCCGCGUCUUCACCGAGAAGCUUGCCGAGUCCGAGGAGCUGGACAACCCGAUCACUGCUGACCUGGAAGAUGAGGAAGAAAUUAGUGAAGAUGAUGUUGAGGAAAAUUUCAAGAACAUGUUUGCACAGCUCGCUGGAGAAGACAUGGAGAUCAGUGUGUUUGAGCUACGCACCAUCCUCAACCGGGUCUUGUCGAAACACCGAGACCUGAAGACCGAUGGUUUCAGCAUGGAUUCGUGCCGAGGAAUGGUCAACCUCCUGGAUAAAGACGGCAGUGGACGUCUGGGACUGCUGGAAUUCCAGCGAAUGUGGAACAAAGUACGCAAGUGGCUGGGUAUUUUUAGAAACUUUGACCUGGAUCAGUCAGGCACAAUGAGCUCCUAUGAAAUGCGGCUCGCCCUCGACUCUGCAGGAUUCCAGAUCAACAACCGUAUCCACCAGGCCAUCGUGUCACGUUACGCUGAUGGAGAGGCUGUUGACUUCGACAACUUCAUCUCCUGCUUGGUCAGACUGGAAGCCAUGAUCAGAUCGUUCCAAGCCCUGCAGAAAGAUGGAAUGAUGGAGAUAAACAAAGCAGAUUGGCUGUUCCUGACCAUGUCCGGCUAAGACUGAGCAGAAGAUGAAGCAAGAGCCCUGCCUGCCUCUGCCCUGCUCCGAGCCUGCUGCUGACGGACAGUGUCCUCACAACGUACCGCAAUGAUGCAGAUCCCUCUCCCUGCUGUGUACGACCCAGAAGUCUCGACACCCCUCACACCCGUCACCCUCCCCCUCGCAUCCUACCCACUCAUUCUGACUCGCCGUACCUUCCUCCCAACCCCUCGUCCCCUGAUCUUUGCCUGCACUGGAGAAGCCACCAGUGACCAGGCCUGCUCUGUGUUAACCCCAGUGGAGUAGACGUUGGUCUCCUCUUCAAACCCCUCCCCGAGUCGGAUGGGAACCGGACUCAGUCCCUGGUAUGGCUUGCCUGGAUCUGACAGUCCCACAGCACCAUUAGUCUCUUGUGCUGCGUCCCUCAGCUCCAGUUCUGGCUUCUGCCCACCCUCUUUCUACCUCAUCCCCCCCCUAAACUCUCUAUAUUUCCCUCCUUACACCCCCCACCAUCUUCCUGCCCCACUGCCAACCUGGUCCAGUGUUUGAGCAGUCCCUCCUUCGGUCUCAUGCCUGUUUUCUCUGGACUAGUGCUGUCAGUGCCUGUUUCUGAAGUCCACAUACAGCAAGUGGUCCAUGUAGGGUGUUUACCCAGCCCACCUCUGCCCCAGCUGCUGCCAAUACACGGAUUAUAACCACUACACCUCCAAUGGACUGUUACGCUGGGGAGAAUCAGCCCCACCCUGGGAUCAAAUGGUGUGAACUCCCCUCCCCCCACUUCUCCACCCCUCCCCUCCAACACCCCUGCCAGUCCCUGGGCUGGCACAAACUAUACUCGAGCUUCCUCCCUUAGUGGGAUUACAUAGUCUGUGGUGGGAUGUCCCGUCUCUCCAGCCAAAACUGGGGGACCAGACGGAGACCAGCACCAACCAACAAUCUUAAUAAAGCAAUAAAGGACCAAGUCCUCGCACA